AUGGCAUCAAGCUCUUGCGGGAAGCAGACUAGAUACCAUGGAAUCCGGUGCCGGGGCGGAAAAUGGGUGUCCGAAAUCCGUGAGCCACGUAAGACUAGGCGGAUAUGGCUCGGGACCUACCCAACCCCGGAGAUGGCAGCGUCUGCCUAUGACGUGGCCGCGCUCGCUCUCAAGGGCGGUGAUGCUGUUCUAAACUUUCCGAGCUCCAUUGCCUUGUAUCCAGUGCCAGCAUCCAGGUCACCGGAGGACAUUCGCAGUGCCGCCGCCGCUGCUGCCGCUGCUGUUUCUGCUGGGCUACAGUCGAAUGAGGAGGCCAAUAACAGCCUGGAGCUCAAGGAGAGUCCGAAGAAGCAAGAGGACGACAUGACGACGAUGAUGAAUAGUACUAGUUUGGCUUCGUCUGUGGGAAUGGACGAAGAAGAGCUUUUCGGGAUGCCAAAUUUGCUGGCCGAGAUGGCAGAGGGAAUGCUGUUGUCUCCGCCGAGACCGCCUGAUUAUCCCGAAUCGGGCAAUUCAGACGGAGAAAGUGGUCUGUGGAGCUUUUGA